AUGGUUCAAUUAAAUCGCAAAACAUUAUCAUAUGAAAAUUGUUCGACUAGAUUUCUUAUAAGCAGGGAAGAUUUUGAUGAAAAUUGUUUUAAAAGACAGUACUUUCAUUUUUAUCGAACGAGAGUAAAUCUUUUUCGGCAACGAAUUAUCGAUAAUGCAAAGAAAUUGCUUGGUGAGGCUGUUAAUACUUGUCAUAUAACAGAAGCAAAGCAAAAUUCGCCUGUUCUCAUAAUGGGAACUAUUAUAAAACGUGUCGCUCUGAGACCAAGUAUUUUACGUAGUUUGGCUGAUGAAGAAAUGGUUCUACCGCAACCGAUUCCUGCGGCUAAGUUGAUUACUGAUGAUGAUUAUAUAGAAAUUGAAGAUGAAAAUCAAAUUGUUCGUCUAACCGGUGCAGUAGAUUUUGACGAUGUUUCUACUGGAAUUGUUGUAGGUUUAUAUGGGAAACGAUUCGGUAAUGAUGCAUUUCAUGUCCAACAAUUCAUUUGGCCAUUACCAGCUGUUCAACCAGUGGCACCUACGCUGGAUCAUGAUAAAUUCGUCAUGAUAAUAUCAGGAUUGUCUUUCACUAGUGAAAAUGAUAAUUGUGCUGAGGAAAUGCUGGCUUUAGAUUUGCUGCAGAAAUGGUUAGGCGGUUAUUUGCCAAUUUCUGAAAAGGAGCGAUUUGUUGUAGAAAAUUUGUCUAGAUUAAUUGUCGCUGGUGAAAGCAUUGCUGUUACUGACCAGGGAAAAGAAUUUUCAAUGGCAGCUCGAUACUUGAUUAGAAAUGAAGAGGCCCCAAACGUUGAAUGUGUUGCCCAUAUGGAUCACUUUUUAUCCAAAAUAUCGAACCUUAUAGAAAUCGAUGUUAUGCCUGGUUUAGGCGAUCCAGCUACACAUUUGCAACCACAGCAACCAAUUCAUAGGGCCGUUUUCCCACAUGCUUCACAACAUGGUAAAAUGCUUAAUCUUGUGACCAAUCCCUACCAUUUUUGCCUCGAAGGAACCCAUAUAAUCGGAACUUCAGGUGAUAAUAUAUCAGAUCUCAAGCGAUUUUCUGUUAACGGCAAUAGUAUAGAAUUGUUGAAUAAAUUGCUUCUUUGGCAGCAUUUAGCACCUACAGUCCCAGAUACAAUCGACGGCUUUCCAUUUGCAAAUCGUGAUCCUUUCAUCAUCGAAGUAUUUCCUCAUAUAUUGUUCUCAGGUAAUCAAGAAAAUGUAGAACACUCCGUAAAACAGUAUGAAAAUGGAAAACGUACGUUGCUUGUUUCGGUACCAAAUUUUGCAAAAACAAACUCAGCAGUCAUCAUCAAUUUGAGAACGCUGGAGGUCACGGAGCAAAAUUUUUCUUACAAUGAUUUUUUCAUUUCAUAA